AUGAAUUAAUAUUUUUUCAGAAAGAAUGGGAAUAGGGUUCGAGAACUGUGAUGUAUGUUCUGACAGUGGAAAGUAUAAAUGCCCCGGAUGUUCCACUAUCUCUUGUUCAGUAGAGUGUGUUAACCAGCAUAAGAAAUUAUCAGGUUGUGAUGGGUUGAGAAAGAAGACUAAAUAUAUUCCUUUGAAUGAGUUUACGGAGUUGGAUCUGGUUUCAGAUUUCAGGAUUCUAGAGAAUGCAACCUCAACCGUAGAUAAAUGCAGACGGGAUAAGCUGAAGCGGUCAACCCGCCAGGCUGUUGAUGGUUUCUGUGCUCCUAGGUUCCCUAAAGCACUGAAAAGGCUCCAAACAGAGGCUUACAGAUCUGGAGUAAAACUGAAAAUUCUUCCUCCGCAUUUUGUUCGCAGAAAAGCCAACACAUCAAACUACGACUUGAAAACCAAGCGGUUAUACUGGCAUGUAGAGCUUGUUUUGCCGCAUAUAAGCAAAACUAUUUCUGUUCCAAGCAUCUGUGAUAAAACCAAAAUGUGGAAACUAAUCGAAUCUCUGAUGGAGCCUGGAGAAAACUCAAUUGAUUUGUCCGUGUCUGGGGCGGAUCUGGAUGUGUACCGGUCCGUCGGCUAUGGCGGUGUACAAAUGUACAUGAAGUGUGAAAGUUUACCAAACCAGCAAGAUGAAAUUAGACAUUAUUAUCCUAUCAACAUGAAACAUUCCUUAAGAUAUAAUUUGCGGGAGCGAGUAGUUGUGGAGCAUCCAGUAAUUCAUGUUAUAAUGAAGUCAGAGGAAUGUAAUUACAGGGAUGACUCUGAUGCGUUUUGUGUGAACGGAGAUAUUUAUCAACAGGAUAAAGAACGUGAGAACAAGGAGAAAGAAGGCGCUCAUUCUGUUGGAAUGGUUUUAGGAGCUGAGGAAAAUAUGAAGGCUGACCCUGAAGCAUACAAGCAAUAUUUCGACUUUUAUCUGAAGUAUUAUACGCAGAAGUACGAACAUCAACCUCCACCUAAGACCUUCUCUUUCCCACCUCCUCCAUCUCAAAAUACACAAUCUCUACCCAGUGCGCUCACUCAGUUCAACACUUUCUCAACUCCACCCCCUAAUAUCCAAUCCUAUGGUCAGCCAUACGCUGGUAGUCACAGUCAACCUUCGAAAUUUACACCCCCUUCAUUUAGACCUAUGCCGGCUUCAAGCAAUGGAACAGCAGCUGUGAACAAGUCAAAUUUGGAAAAUGCGCGAAAAAUUCAGGCAGAAAUCCGGGAAGAGGCGCGGAGCGGUGGACUCAGUGCCCUAGCUGCUUAUGAUGAUUCAGACUCAGACGAAUAAAUUUUUAAGACUUGAUAUUGUUUCAGAAAA